GGAGAGGAGACCAAACUACUUGAAGUGCUGAAAACACCUACCAUACCUCCGUUUGAAAACAUGCAUGGGCAGAAGCAGUGGAUAUGGGCAGCCUCCCUGGCUCUCCUGGUCCUGAUGCUGACAACAGUGGAGGGAGGAAAAGCAGACAAGCAAGGGGAUGCAAAGGGGAAGCGGGAGCGCAAGUCGGACUGCGGCGAGUGGCAGUGGAGUGUGUGCGUGGCCAACGAGGGCGACUGCGGACUGGGCACCAGGGAGGGAACUCGCGGCGGCACCGACUGCAAGCACAACAUCAAGACGCAGCGCUGCAAGAUCCCCUGCAACUGGAAGAAGCAAUUUGGAGGCGAGUGCAAGUAUGACUUCCAGAACUGGGGCGAGUGUGACAUGGCGACGGGCAUGAAGAACAGGACGGGGGUGCUGAAGCGCGCCCUCAUGGAUGCCAACUGCCCCAACCCUGUCUCCGCCACCAAGCCCUGCGGGCGGGCAGCCAAGACCAAGCUCCAAGACUCCAAGAAGCCCAAACGGGACGGAAGAAAGAAGGAGCGCACUCCCAUGGACUAGCGUUGCCGUGGCAAUGGAAAGCUAGGAGUCUACUUCAUCUCACGCUCUCAUCCCCCUACUCCUCCUUCCUUCCUCCUCUUCCUCCUGUAGGCCUUCAUCCGGUGCAGAG